AUGAUGUUAAUAAUAUGGACCUUCUUAUUGCUGACAAUUAGUGCUGCAAUAGCCGAGAGGAACCUUGCAAAAGUAUCUCCACGGAUCAUUGGUGGUUUUGAUGCGAAACAAGGACGCUACCCGUACAUUGUAGAGUUGGUGAAUCCUGAUGGGUCUCCGCGAUGUGGUGGUAUUUUGGUGGCAACCGAUAUGGUUCUAACGGCUGCACAUUGCAGUGGCGGAUUGGGAUUUGCUUACAUUGGUCGAUGGAACCGUGACUCCAACGAAGCAUACGACAAUUUUACCAUGGUGGAGAUGGAAUACAUUCAUCCACAAUUUGUUGAGGAUCUAGCUACUUCCUAUGAUUUCAUGCUUUUGAAGUUAACACAACAAUCGUCUAAAGCCUACAUUAAACUCAAUGAGAAUCCUGAUAUUCCGACGGGCCAACGGAUUGAUGAAGUGACGGCUUUGGGAUUUGGGACUAUAUCUACCAAUUUGGAAGAGUAUCCGUCCACACUGCAACAAGUGGAACUGACGUAUAUCAACAACAAUGAGUGCGAAAAGUCCAAGGAUCCAAACUAUGCCGACAGUUAUCAAGGAGUAAUAUCAUCGGAUAUGUUGUGUGCUGGAGAUUUUGGACAGGAUACCUGUCGUGGUGAUAGUGGCGGUCCGUUGAUUGUGGAUGGCGGGUCACCAGACAAGGAUAUUGUGGUUGGAAUUGUCUCAUGGGGUUUUGGGUGUGCCCUACCUGCAUUUCCUGGUGUUUAUUCAAGGGUGAGUCACGAAGUCCAAUGGAUCAAGCAAACUAUUUGCUACGUUUCGGAGAACCCUCCGACAGAGUACGAUUGUUCUCUCUACACCCCUCCAGUCGAUGGCGAAAAUACCGUCCCUGUAACUGUGACACUGAACUUGGAUGAUUUCCCAGAAGAAACGGGUUGGUCGAUUCGAAAUAAGGCAGGUGGAACAAUCUAUGGGCAAGCCAAGCCAGGAGAUUACACUACAAAACGGGACACGGUGAUUGAAACUGUUUUCUUGCCGGCUGGUUCCACAUGCAUAUUUGAAAUUACCGAUAUCUUUGCGGAUGGGAUGUGCUGCAAUAACGUUCCAGGCACCUAUGUGAUCAUGAUGGGACGGGCUGCCACUGGGACAGUCAUUGCCACGGGUGGGGACAAGUUUGGAGCAUCACAACAACAUGAGUUAAUUAUCCCUACUGACUACAAUGAAUCUAAUGGGCCGGUGAUUGGUGAAGGACAGAUUGCAAUGACGCUGGUGCUGCAACUAGACAACAACCCCCUGGAGAAUGGAUGGCGUGUGGACCAAUUGGGCGGUGUUGAGAGCAAUGAAGUUGUCCGUGUUCCGCCAGGUGCGUAUAGGACGCCUCGUGCCAAGAUUGUACGGACGAUGGCUCUAGACGAAGGAGAGUUGUAUGCUUUCCGUGUCAGCGAUCUUGGGAACGACGGUAUUCAAGACGGAUAUGUACAAAUUUUCUUGGGGACAACGAACAUUAAAGAUGAAAGUCGAAUGAUUUUUGAGAACAAUGGUGAUUUCCAAGGAUCAUUAGACUUUUCAUUCAUCUCCAGUUUUGAUACAGACCCAACUUCGCCUCCAAGACUUGACUCAGAGUUUUUCCUUACACUGGAGCUACGGCUAGACUUGUACCCCGAGGAGAUUUCAUUCCAAGUGCGAGCCAAUAGUGACGAAACUGUCCUGUCACGCCAGAAUCGCGAUGAUUCUGUCAUUUUCUUCCGGCCACCACGAUUCUAUUCCGAUAAAGCACGACAAACAGUAACGGAAAUCAUUCCUCUCCCUACCAUCAACUCUGGAACGAGUCGAGAUUUCACAUUUAUCAUUUCGGACGAGCAUGGCGACGGUCUAUGCUGCAACUGGAGUGGAUCAAAUGGAGAGUUGCCUGGGUACACUAUGUACGAACGUGGACCUGGGUUGAACAAGGUUCUCUUUGGAAGUAAUAUGGAAGGAACAAGUAAGGAGGUGCACGAAUUUACCAUUGAAGGACCACCAUUAAGUGGUGAAAAGACGCUUAGCCCUAUCGAGUCUCUACCCACUGUCAAAAUAAAGAUCACAAUUGCUCUUGAUGGAUAUCCGACCGAAACUGGUUUUGCCAUUAAUGAAUUAUCGGGGAAAAGAGUUGUGGACCGACCGUCAGGGAGUUUUUCGAGUCCCAAUUUUCUUAUGGAAGAAAUCGUCACCUUGGAAAUUGGCGUUUACGAAUUCUUCAUCUUUGACUCGUUUGAAAAUGGACUAGAGGGCCAGGACAGCUUCUACCGCAUUGAUAUUGUUGAUGGCCAAGAUCGCGCCCCAAUCGUAAGAGGCUCUGGUAGAUUUAGUACUCAAGAGAGCAGAGUCUUUGUCUUGGAGGGUGAAACGGCCGAUGCGCCGCUGGACAUUGAAUUUACGCUUGACGAUCACCCAUCGGAUUUCGGUUUCUUUCUGAAACGAUUGGAUCUGGUUGCCCCUGAGGCUUUUGUUGCUGAAGUCCCUCCCGGAUAUUACAGCGGUCGUAACCAGAAAGUUACUGAAUCGUUGAAAAUCCGAAAAGGUGGACUGUACAUUAUUGUUUUUGAGGAUGCUGGUCGCGAUGGCAUUGGGGGAGAAAUUUUAGUCAAUGUAGGAUCGAAGCUUGACGGCAAGACUUACUCUAUUGAUUUUUCAAAUCAACAAUCUUGGCAGCUCAAAUUUCUCGUAGGCGUUAAACCUGCUACUGCUAGUGGUGGAAAGAGGCUAGAGUUGAAAGUGAAAUUUGAUCAGUUCCCCCAAGAACUAGAAUGGAUUUUGGUAGCAGACGUGAACGCAGACCUUAUCAACCAAGGCAGGGCAUUACAAGAGCAGCAAGUGGUCGCUUUUUCCAAUGAACCGUACUCCCAAGACCUAGAAAACAAGAACCACGUUGAAACCAUACCACUGCCUCCUCACAUCGGCCCGAGGACCUUCACAAUGAUCAUCACAGAUUCUGAAGGAGAUGGCAUUUGCUGUGAGUUUGAUUCAGGAGGUCCAAUCGAGCUUUUUGACAACGGACGACUUGUCUUCACGGACCCUUUUGCAGAUGCGAAUAAAGGACGCUUUGAAUACGGGCAAGUAUCAUUACAACUUGGUGGGCUUCAUGUUUGCGGUGGCGCACUCGUAUCUACAAAUUUAGUUUUAACAGCAGCCCAUUGCCGAAAAAGCUUUGACACUGUUGUGGUCAAUGCAUACAAUCUGAGUGACAGCUCUGAAACUCGACUACAAUAUAAGCCUCGUCGUCAAUUCAUCCAUCCUGCUUACAAUAGAGAAAGUGAUACUCAUGAUGCAAUGAUAGUAGAAUUGGACGGAAUAAUAGAAGAUAUUGAUCCGGUGGUUAUCAAUAAAUAUUCGACCGUUCCAAGCGUUAAUGACACCCUUUUUGUCAUGGGGUGGGGCAUGACAGUGUUUGGAGACGAAUCAUCUUAUGCUGAAGUUCUUCAAAUAGCUGCACUACGAUACAUCAACCCUGACGCUUGCAAGUCAAUGGCGAAUGGAAAUGGACAGUCGCUAGGAGAUUGGAUCCUAGAAGAUCACCUGUGUGCAUGGGAGGAACGAAAGGAUGCUUGUUCCGGUGACUCAGGUUCGCCAUUGAUCGUGCCCGGCAACUCCCAUAAGGGCGACGUUCUCGUUGGUGUUGUUUCUUGGGGAGUAGAUUGUGCAGGACCCCUCCCUGGUGUUUAUGGCCGGGCCAGCUAUAUCUACAGUUGGUUGGAGCAAAUCAUAUGUACACUCUCUUCCGCUCCACCGGGCAACAUGGAAUGCAAAGCAUACGAUGUUCUUGGAACGAAGACCACACCUAAUACUACAGGUUGUAAAGGGUGUGAUUCCAUAAAGAUACAGGAUGACGACGCAUCAGAGAAGAGGGGAACUAGUGGAAUUCCUGUUGGAAAUGGGAUCUCAUGCUUUUCCGUCUGCGCUCUGAAUUUGACACUUUGGUUUUGGGUUUUCCAAUAA